CCCCUCUCAAACAAUUGCGAGGUUGGUCCCCCAUCUACCUCCUAAUGAAUAUCACAACUCAGCUUAUUCUUCCUCUAUCAACUAGGUGUCUUAUCCGAAAGGUAUAGUUAAGACGUCCUCCGGAUCAAUUUUGCUAAUCAAUCAUAAUAAGUAUACCGCUUACUGCUGUCUCCAAUGAGAAGACUUAACAAUUCAAUGAACAUCGGAAGAUGGCAUACAUAUAUAGCAUGUAUCACCGCCAGAUCGUUCCUAUUACGGCGUCGCACAUGCAUAGCCGCUGUGGCAUGCAUCUAGUAUUAUUAGCCUACCUAGCCAACUCCUCCCGAGCCUCAUACUGUACAUGGUAGGUGAUGGUACGAUCCUUCAACAUGUCCUGCAUACGCGGCACGUGGGGAGCUCCCAUUCCGAUUCUAUUAUCUCCAACAGUUACAUAAUGGUCACAUGGUACCUAGACAGGGAGGAUGCAUCCCCGGAAUGCGUGGCUGGACCGUCUUAUCAGCUACCUAGCUAAGGUGUGCUUGACUUACAAACUCACACUCACAUCUUACCCCUCAUCCACUCAUUCUUCCACAUGGUCCUGUUGGAUCUUGGAGCUGAGUUGUCUAUCAACUGCCCAGCAUACAAUUUCGAAUUGAGGUAUAUAUAUAGCUAUCCCUAGCUCCCCUCGCCACCAACCAUAUCAUGACAAUCUUUUCGGUUUUCGAUUCCCGCCCAUGAAACAGCAGCAUGGCUGGUGAACCGAAAGACUCGGGUGUUUCGUUCUCGCAAUUCUUCGAUCGCUGUAAACUCCCAGCAAGCGUCAAAAACGACUGCGAUGCGUUCGUCAAGACGAGAUGUUCCGAUACAGUCCGACCUGCUCCAUUUCAGGGCUACUGCUCAUACACAGUCUUUGUCGGAGAAGAGACUGUCGUCCAAUUCAGACCACUCGCUCAUAAGCUCGACAUUGGCAUAACAAAUGCUGCUUGCAAUAUUUUCGGGUUACUAGCUCCCCAUACCGAGUUUCUUGGGGAGUUAGAAGGUACCGGACUCUACGUUUUUGGUAUGAGAAGAAUACCAGGCAUUUCACUUACAGAUCUUCGCGUCGCAACCCACUUCUUAUCUGGAAGAUCGCAACGGAAACAACUCAUACGGGACUUUGCCCGAUUUCAAGUAGAAAGUUGGACUCAUACGAACGGCAAUGGCUUUAUUCACGAGAAGAGGACAGUAGGCUCUUCAAUCAGAUGGCGACUGGAACUCAUGGCGAACAGCCUCCCUUCCCGUUUCCGCAGCAUUGCGAAAUCCAUCCUCCGCGAUCUACCAGGAAUCGAAGCCUUGCCCUGGACGUUGAGCCAUGGGGACUUUUUACCUUCGAAUAUCAUGGUAUGCCCUAAAACAGGAAAGCUCAUGGGCUUAGUAGAUUGGGCCGAGGCCGAAUUCCUCCCAUUUGGGAUUGGUAUGUACGGAUUGCAGGAACUCCUAGGAGAAGACAGAGAUGGCCACUUUGCCUACUAUCCUGAAGCGAAAUAUCUUCGGAAGCUGUUCUGGGAUGAGCUUCUAUCUAGCCUGCCAGACCUAGCCCGAGAUACCAGGCGUGUCGCGCUCGUUCGGAAAGCGCAAGUCCUCGGAAUACUGCUAUGGCAUGGUAUAGCAUUCGACAAUGGCAAAUUGGACCGUGCUAUAGAGGAAGGGAAGGAUGAUGGAGAAAUUGAAAGGCUAGAUGCCUUCUUAUUAUCUCGUCCAAAAUCAGAACCCCGGACAUUGCGGGUUCUUCGCCCAUUCACGGAAUCGCCUAUCGCAUUCAUACGGGGGUUCCUAUCUGGGAAAGCAUAAGAUCAAUACCUGUUACAAGACCGCUCACGAGAAAUGACCUGUAAACUUAUGUUUUAUAUAACAUAGCGUGUAUUCAUAAGUGAGUUUUCUAAUCUUAAUAGCAUUAACCAACAUAAACGACU